CUUACCGCGAUGCUAAGCUUUAAAACUUUAAGAAGCGUGGUGUAAUAGCAGAAGUGGAUUGUACGAGCUGUUGACGACGUUGAUUUGGUAGAUGAUCAGAUCUAGAUUUAGAAUCUAGGUACAUUUAAGUUGAACAAAAUGACAGAUGUCAAUACUAAUGGUGAUGGUGGUGAUGCUGUUCCAAAAGUCCUUGCAGAAAAGAUCAUCAAGCAAAUUGAGUACUACUUUGGUGAUGUGAAUCUCAUGAAAGACAAGUUUCUCAAAGAAAAAGUCCAAGAAGAUGAUGGUUGGGUUACUAUCAAGACACUCUUGACAUUUAAUCGUCUUAAACAACUUACAGAGGAUCCAAAAGUCAUUUUUGAAGCUCUGAAAAAGUCAACAAAUCAGAUUGUGGAGGUGAAUGAAGAAGGUGAAAAAAUUCGCAGGAACCCAUCAAAACCUUUACCAGGUGAUACUAAAGAGAGACGUGAUGAAAUAACAGCAAGAUCAAUUUAUGCUAAAACAUUUCCAUUGGAUGUUCAACUUGAUGAUCUAAUGGUGUUUUUUGAGAAAUAUGGAUCAGUUGAGAAUAUUUUCAUGAAGAAGGACUUCCAUAAAAAGACAUUCAAAGGAUCAGUAUUUGUUCUAUUUCACAAUAAGGAUGAUGCUGAGAAAUUUAUUGCAGAAGAAAACACAAAAUAUAAUGACACUGAAAUUCUUGUCAAAAUGUUUAAGGCUGAUUAUUUUAAAGAGAAAGGCAGGAAAGGCAAAGGAAAGAAAGAUGGUGAUAAUGCACAAAAAGGAAAAGAAGAGCUUGAAAAAGAAAAGGAAGAGGAGGAGGAAGAAAAAGCAAAACAACAAAUGACCAGGAAUGCAGUGUUGCACUUAAAGGGCAUGGAUCCAGAAACAACUAGAGAAGAGAUCAAAAAGUUUUUCUCCCCACAUGGAGAUGUUGGCUGGGUUGACUUUGACAAAGGAGUCACAGAGGGUUACCUUCGACUUAAGGAACCUAAUAGUGCUGCUCCAACAUUAGAAAAGGCAAAGGCUGCUGGUGAAGGAAAAAUUGUUAUUCAUAAUGCUGAACUAGAAGUUAGAGUUGUUGAUGGUGAUGAAGAACUAGAGUACUGGAAGAAAAUGUUCAAAGACAUUGCUGAAAAACAGGACAAGAGAAAGAAGGGGGGUGGUGGUAGAGGAGGCAGAGGUGGUGGAAGAAAUCAGAGGGGAGGAAGAAAUAAUAGAGGAGGACCUCAGGGUAAACGAAGACAGAACAGAAAGAAUGAUGAUGAAGAGGAUGGUGACGCGGAUGGUGACGAAGGUCCAGAAGCCAAGUUACAAAAAACUGAUUAGGUCUAGAAUAUCAGUGUGUGUGUGUAUGGUUGUUUGAAAGUUAUUUUAGUGAUGGUUACAAUUAAAACUUGUUUUAUAAUCUCAUUAAUUUCUUUUAUGUACUUUGUAGUAUUGUUGCAUUCUUACCAUUUUUUAUAUUUGAAAUGAUAUAACUCAAGUGUUCAGUUAUUGGAAAUUUUGUUUUAUUGUUGCUUUUGAUUAUAUGUAGAGUUAAUUUAAGAUUUUACAGGAGGUUAUCUUGUUUUUAAUUUUAAACUUUUAAAUUAAUUACUGUUAACCUCUUUUAAGGAUUUGUUUUUAAAUUCUGACUACAAAGUGUUUUAAGAGGUUUUAUGAGAUAAAAUUUUUGUAAAUUCUUGUUUUACAUUUCAAUGCAUUUUAUGACCAGAUGUUAUUAUGUACCAGUUUAAAUAUA